AUGACGGAAUCAUCAUCAAGUCUAGUCUCAAUGAAUUCACCAUCAACAUUUCCUUUUUUUAAAUGUACUUUUUUGGACAAAGAUACAGAUUUGAAUGAAAUACCAAUAUGGAACAGUAAUAUAGCAACAUUACUUUCAUAUUGGCUUCAACAGAGUGCAAAACACGAUGAUAUCUUCGGAAGUUUUCGUUGGGCAAAUACAAAUACAGAUAGUUUGGGUGAUGUUGAUCUUAUCACCGAUGCUGAGCAUAUAAAAAAAUUACUAAAAGUAUCAUUCAAUAAACACAGCCAAAUAUCAAUGAUGGUACAUCGUUUGGGUCGAACUAUACUCAUUGAUGAAUUCGAUGUUCAUUCACAUUUGUUACGUCUUGAAAAAAAUGAAUGGACAUGGUUUCGAGAUUUUUUUCUUGAUUCUAUUUCACGAAAUAUAUCAGUGAAACAUUUUUAUAAAAAAAAUAAAACACGUGAUGAACUUAUAAAAAAAGAUCGUUUAGUUAAAUUUUUAUGUCAAAGUGUUGAAUUACCUCAAAUCAUACCCGAGAAUUCCGAUAACAAUGAAUGUCAAACAUCAUCAACAAAUGAAGCCACUGCUGCAACACUUCUUCAACAAAUCAAAAAUCUUGUUAAUGCAAAUAAUGAUUUCGAAAAUCAUGAUGCUCAUAGUAAAUCAUCGCCAUCACCAUUUCAACGAACAGUUAAUUGGACAUUUGAAAAUAUGAAAAUGUUAAUUGGUUCCGAUUUACCGAUUUUCGGCGAUGAACAGCAUCCGGCUGUUAGUUUACGUUUAAGAGAUAUGAAUAAACCUAUAAAUGUCUUAACUGGUAUUGAUUGUUGGCUUGAUAAUUUAAUGUGUAAUGUUCCUGAACUCGCUAUGUGUUAUCAUGUUGAUGGCAUUGUUCAAUCCUAUGAAAUAGUUAAAACCGAAGAAUUGCCCUAUCGUGAAGGUUGUGAAUUUCCAGCGAAUGUGAUACGUAAUUUAGCAACAAAUCUUCUUUCAUUUCUCAAAGCAAAUGCAACUAAAGAAGGACAUACAUAUUGGUUAUUUAAAGGUCCCGAUGAUGAUAUUGUUAAAUUAUAUGAUUUAACAAGUCUGUGUGACACAAGUCGCGAUGAUAAUCCUUAUACAUUACCGGUGGCUACUUUACUUUAUAAAAUGGCUCUUAAUAUGUUAUCAAAAUCUGAUCAUGAAACACGUUCAAAAGAAUCCGGCACAAUCCGCACAUUAUUGAAACAUUGUUUAGAUAUGUUGAAUCCAGAGAAAUUUCCUGAAUAUCAUUGUGCUGCUGCAUAUAUGAUGUCUGAUCUUUAUAUCGAUGAUAAUGUUAGUGAACAAAGUUGGACAUCAGAUGGAAGCGAUAUUCCAGAUCCGGACUCACUAGACGAUGAUUUAUCGUUUGUAGAAGAAAAUGAUUCACAUUUGUAUACUUGUGUGAAUAUUAAACAGCUUGCACAACCUCAACAAAAUCGAUUUCGAAAAACUCCUGACGUCGAACGUCUCGCACCAAUUCAUGGAAAUCUAGAUAAACGAGCUACCGAAGCACUUAAAUAUUUAGUUGAGGCUCUUCGAAGUAAUGCAAUCCAUCGUCGAGUUCAAGCUACUUCUGAGCAAACCAAUGAACAAGAAACGUCAUCAACGAAUACUGAUGAAAAAUCAAAAGUUAUUGUUCCAUUACCUUAUCAAGCUACGCGACAUUCAUCGAAAGUUUUAAUUGACAAUAAAAAUCAUUUAACCAAUGAUAAUCGUUUGAAAGCAAUUAUUUUACAUAAAGCUGCUGCUGCUUAUUUUUGUCUCGUUGAUCGAAGUGAAAAAGAAAAACAUUAUGGUUCUUGUCUUCGUUAUCUUCGCUUGGGACUUAACUGUUAUAGUGCCGAAUUAAAACUUCAAUCAAUGGAUCAUAAUAAUAGUAGUAGCGAAUGUAAAAAAUUAUUAUCCUAUAUAAUGAGUAUUGCUGGUGAUUGUCGAUUAAUGAUUGCACAUAUAACAGCAGAAGAAGUCGAAAAAUAUCGUGAACAGUAUAAUGAAAUGAGUGAAGUUGAUGUUGAAAUCCAAAAAGUUACUGAUGAAGUUGGAGUCAACGCCAAUUCUUCGGAAUUUUCGUGGGUUUCGGAAUUAACACCGGUUAUUGAUCGCAAUCUAUUUGCUAGUGUACACGCUUAUGAAUAUGCAAUAAACAUAGUUCGCAAUCUUGGCGAUCAUGAAAAAAAACGUUUAAAUUUAUUAACAAAACGUUUUGGAAACGUGCGAAAUGAAAUGGGUGUCUAUUGGAUGAAUAAAUGUGCGCAAGCGGUCAAAAAUUUAGAUCAAGAAGCAGCUAAGGAAACGAAAGAUCAAUUUCGAAAAUGUUUCGAAAGUUUUGAUGCUGGCAUUCAAGCAUUUGAAAAAAUAAAUGACGUAUCAAAUAUAGCAUUGACAUAUUCAAAUCUUGGACGUUUAAUGCGGUACUAUGCACAAUUCUAUGCUCCGGUAGUAAACGGUGUCCGACAAGAAUUCUCUCAACAAGAACGGCAAAGUUAUCAAAAAGCGUUUGAUUAUUAUUUGAAAGGUUUAAAGCUAGUCGAAAGUCGUGCUGAUCUACACGAAGUUUAUCGUACUCUAUCGUGGGAAUUGUCAAAUGCUUAUUUCACAAUGGCGACAGCACUUCAAGACUUUGCACCAUUAAUGACAAUGUCACAGGACGAUAUCGAAAAAGAAAUUAUUGAUUGUAUGACACGAGCAUUAAAAUAUAUUGAAGUAGAACUUAAUACGCCAUCAUCAGAUCGUUUUGCAUUAGCUAAAUACCGAGCUGCUACAAUUCAUCAUCGAUUAGCUUCUUUAUUGCAUCAUACGUUUCGUACUCAAAAUAAUGCAGCUCGUCGAAAACGUUUACGCGCACUGGCAUCAUUACAUUAUCAAAAAGCUCUAGAAUUAUUUUCACCUCGUGAUAAUCCACUUGAAUAUUUACGGCUCUUAAUUGAAGAAGUUGCAUUAGCAGAUUUUGAACUUCAAAGUGCAACGGAUAGUCAAUCGCGUUUAAAGCAUUCUCAACAAGGCUUACGUGCCGCAUUCCAAUGUCAAGAAUGUGUUGGUAUAAUUGAACAGCACAGAACAAGUUCCGAUCCCGAUGAUUAUAACGAAACAUUCGUACAAGAAUCACAACGCCUUUUAUCGAUAUUAAAUGGACGUAUACAAACAUUUCUUAAAGAAAUCGUUAAAAUAUACAAAACAAUAAAUAAUAAAAAAUCCAUAUAUGAAGAAUACAAGGAAAUGUAUGGUAUAUCAUUGCGAAUACAGGAAACAACGGCGACAUUUUCAAAAGAUUUGUACGAUGCAAUUGAACGUUUGAAAAAAUUGCAUGAAAAAAAUAUCAGUGAUUAA